AUGUUGGAGGAUCAAUCUUGCCUGAUAUCAAGGUCGCUGCCGAGUUCCUGUGAGCAGGAAUCCAGACUAGCUUACAUGACUUACCACCUACUUGAGAUCACGAGGAGUAAGCGCCCGCCUGGGACCCUGUCUAUUGAGCACGACAUUGCUGCAGUGGCAGCAUUGACUAAACGGACCAAGUCCGCUGAGGACCAAAAUGGUGAGGCACUGGAUUGUCAAGGAAGUAAUGAUCAGGGCGACUCAGAUUCAAGCACCCUGAUAAGUUCCAUUGGCCGGGACAACUCAAUCAACUGCCUUGCUCGUUGUUCUCGUUCUGAUUAUGGAUCUAUCGCAUCACUGAACAAGAGUUUUCGAUCACUUGUCUGCAGUGGUGAACUGUACAAGGAACGUCGACAGCUGGGGAUUUCAGAACACUGGGUCUACUUCUCUUGCAAUGUGCAGGAGUGGGAGGCGUAUGACCCCUACCGUUCACGGUGGAUGACGCUUCCAAGGAUGCCCCAUAAUGAAUGUUUCAUGUGCUCUGACAAGGAGUCACUUGCUGUGGGCACUGAACUUCUGGUGUUUGGAAAGGAGAUUCUUUCACAUAUUAUUCUGAGCUAUAGCAUUCUGACAAAUUCAUGGUCACAGGGUGUUGAAAUGAAUGCCCCUAGAUGUUUGUUUGGAUCAGCUAGUUUUGGAGAGAAAGCAAUUAUAGCUGGAGGCAUGGAUGCUGAUGGAAGGGUGCUUCGUUCUGUUGAGCUGUAUAACUCGGAAACUAAGAGAUGGAUAACACUUCCAAGCAUGAAUAAAGCUAGGCGAAUGUGUUCUGGUGUCUUUAUGGAUGGCAAGUUUUAUGUAAUUGGUGGAAUGGCCAGUAACACAGAAGUGCUGACUUGUGGAGAAGAGUAUGAUUUAGAUAGAGGUACCUGGCGGGUGAUAGAGAACAUGUCUGAGGGGCUCAAUGGUGCAAGUGGUGCUCCUCCACUUGUCGCUGUUGUUGAAAAUGAGUUAUAUGCAGCGCAAUACGCCGGAAAGUUGGUAAGAAAGUAUAAUAAAAUGGAUAACUCAUGGACAACAUUGGGGGAGUUACCAGAGCGGCCAGAAGCUGUGAAUGGCUGGGGUAUUGCAUUCCGGGGCUGUGGAGAGCGGCUUUUGGUUAUCGGUGGACCAAGAGUGCUGGGUGGUGGGAUGAUUGAGCUCCAUUCUUGGAUUCCAAGUGAGGGGCCAUUGCAAUGGAACAUGAUCGGAAGCAAAUCUUCAGAUUUUACUCAAGGUUCAAUAGAGUAG